CACUCCACCUGUGACUGUCGGCCGCGCUUCCCGGGGCCGCCCGGCGCCGCAGCCCCAUGGCCCCGUCCCGGCUGCAGCUCGGCCUCCGCGCCGCCUACUCCGGCGUCAGCUCCAUAGCCGGCUUCUCCAUCUUCCUCGUGUGGACGGUGGUCUACAGACAGCCCGGGACCGCGGCCAUGGGAGGGCUCGCAGGUGUGCUGGCGCUGUGGGCCCUGGUGACGCACGUGAUGUACAUGCAGGAUUACUGGAGGACCUGGCUCAAGGGGCUGCGCGGCUUCUUCUUCGUGGGGGUCCUCUUCUCUGCAGUCUCUGUGGCUGCCUUCUGCACCUUCCUCACGCUGGCCAUCACUCAGCACCAGAGCCUCACAGACCCUACCAGCUACUACCUCUCCAGCGUCUGGAGCUUCAUUUCCUUCAAGUGGGCCUUCCUGCUCAGCCUCUACGCCCACCGCUACCGGGCUGACUUUGCGGACAUCAGCAUCCUCAGUGAUUUCUGACCCAGGGAGUGAGGGCUCUGCACCCUGGGGGUCCUCAGGACCUGAACUCAGUUUCUGAGACAUUGGGAGGGCCUCAUCUCACCCCCUGGAGACAGUACACAACAGGACUGUGGCCUCCCAGGGAAGCUAUGAGGCCUGUCCCCUUGGGAAAGACCUGGGAGCAGUGGGAAAUGCUGGUCUUCAUCAGAGGCCGGGCUGGAGGGCAGCUCUAUACCUUCUCAAAGGCAUCUGUUUUCUUAGCACUCAGAAAGGAAUAAUUGUGGGUCAAGAGGUAGAGCCCUGAGAACUUGACCUAUGCCUGGGGCAGGGGUUUCCUCCCUGCUGGCCCAGGUACUGUUCUUGAGGCCAGGUGGGAACACGGGGAGGUCAGUGAGUAAGGAGUCUCAAAGAGACCUUUCAAGUUCCCACCCUCCGGUCCCCCUAACCAGGGUCAGGUAGCUUAACUCAUUAGUCCCAGAGAUGGCUACAUUGGGCUCUUUACCCAAAGCCUGAGGGGCUGAGUAGAGAGUUUGGUGUCCCUUCUCCAUCAUCACAUCCUGAGCUGGUUUCCAUGAGUGUGCUAAGAACCAGAAGCCAUCAGCCUCUCCCUGCCACCCCUGAAGUACACAGAGGCAUCCUCACACCCUAGCACAGGACUUCCCUAACAAGGCCAGACUAAGGGUCACAGGGAAUGUGCUCCUGUCCCCAGGAAGGGCUUUGGGGAAGGGGGCAACAUGGUAUAGGCUAGGAGCCCCCUGAACUAUACUGUGUACUCCCAGCCCUGAAUUUCUACUCUGCCUCUUCAGAGUGCCAUUGCACCCAGACCCUUGACCAUGAAGUACCUUCUUUCCCACUCCAGCCCCUGUUCACUGCCAUUCUACUAUAACUUUUAUCUUUUUAAAUCUCCCUUCUGAAGGAUAAAAAUCUGCUUUUCUGCCCAUACAUCAGCCCAAGGGCUCACCUAACAAGGAGGGAGGGGCCUGUUGUUACCUAGAUCUUUUUAUGUUAAUUUGCCAUUUUGCACGGUCUACCCUUCUCCUGCCAGUGUGUCCCGACCCUUAGCUCUCUCUGCCUUAUCUGUGUCACCGUCACUUUAGCAGAAAAUACAGCAGCCAUUUGUAUCAGA